CACACUAGUCUGUUUGUUUUUUUUUGUUCACAGGCGUGGGGAAAAGUUCGUAAAUAUGUCUCGUGAAACAGAAGAUGAAGCAGAGAUUCUUGAAAAUGUUUCGGAAGUUGUAAAAGGAUUAGCAGUAGAACUAAAGGAACUAUACGCCUUUAGAGAUCUUUUUUUUGAAAAUCAUCCCUUGGAAAUGGCACCAGAAAAGAACAAAUGUGUUGAUGAGAAGAAAAAAGUUCUUGUUGAGAAAUUUGAGGCUAUUGAUGUGGACACUCAAAUACCCUUUGAUCUCCGAGCUGAAUUCCUAUAUAUGAAGGGUCGAUGCUACAAUAUUAGCCCUGCAUAUGACCCAAGAGCGACCCAGUGCCUCAGCAAAGCCGUGAAGUUGAACCCGCACCUCGUAGACGCAUGGAAUGAGCUUGGAGAGUGUUACUGGAAGAAUAUGAAUGUGAAAGAAGCUAAAGCCAGUUUUGAAGGAGCACUCAAGCAUGAACGAAACCGCCUAUCUCUACGUUGUCUAUCUAUAAUUUUGCGCCAAGAAAACGGAGACAAAAAACGCAGUGAAGCUACUCAAGCCAUUCUGAAAAGUGUGGAGUUAGCCAAGGAGGCCGUUGCACAGGACAUCAAAGACGGCGUAUCCUGGUCGGUGUUGGGGAACGCCUACCUGUGUCAGUUCUUCCUGAUAGCGCAGGACCCGGCCACUCUCAAGUUGUGUAUGAGCGCCUACAAGCAAGCCUGGCUCGACCCCGUCGCUAAGGGGCAACCCGACUUGUAUUAUAAUAAAGGAGUUGCGUUGAAAUAUGAAGAGCAUUACGCCGAGGCGUUGGAGAACUUCGAGUACGCGUGCCGAUUAGACCCUCCAUGGGAGACUCCGAAGCAAGAGCUGACCAGGUUAACACAGUACCUGGUCGCAGCCAAUGACCUCGUCAAGACUAAGGGGAAGAUCAAGACGAAGAAACUGACACAAAUGGUGCAGAGCAUAGACAAGAAGAUGCUCGGCGCGUACGCAUCGGGUACAUUCCACACGUUUGGCGCCCGUAAAGACGUAUCAUUGGACUACGCGCGUCUCGACCAGUUGCAAGAUGGCGCCAACGAAUGCAAAGUGAUCUUGGGCAGGGUCGUCGGGUCCAUACAUAACGAGACUGCGGUGCCUUUCACGUUCGCGAUAGUGGACGAGAGCAUGGAGUGCAUGUGUGUGACCGUGUACAACUGGGCGGACGGCCGCGGCGCCAUCAUCGGCGACUGCGUGUGCGUCCCCGAGCCCAGGGUCACGCGGCACGCGCAUGACUCCGCACUAGUUAAAUACGACUUCAAAUCCAUCCGGCUGAACAACCCGAUGCUGAUGCUGGUGAACGGCAAGCGUGUGGGCCGCAACCAGUUCGCCAGCACCAAGGUCACCAGCACGUACGAGCUGCAAUGACACGAGCUGUACCGGUGUCUCCAAGUGCCUUGUAGAGACACCGUCCUCAGGUGCUAGGUGCCCAGCAGAGACACGGUUAUCAGGUGCUGAGUUGAGACUGUUCAAAUCUCAAACCAACUUGUGAAGGACUGAAGAAAAUAGCAAAAAUGGCUGUCAGCAGUUUUGGACGAUUAAAGGGCCUUAAAAUUGUAAGUUAUUGUGUCCAUAAACGUAAAAAGAAUUGGCGUUUAGUUUGUUGCAAUUUUCAUGUGGACAUAGACUUGGUCGCGCCGCACGCUUGGCAUUAGUCGCAGAGAUCACUUUAGUCAAGGUCUAAGCAAGAGAUUGCACAGAAUUUAUAUAUAUUAAAAUUAAAACGAACUCUGACUGAUUGACUAACAAAUCAACCCAAUUGAUUUGUUAGCCCUAUUUUUUAUUUCUGUUACCUAUUUUUUCUUUAGAGAAAUUACGCAUGUAGGUACGUUUAGUUUUGUACUACUCGUAAGACAAGAUCUCCCAAAAUUCUCAUGGGAACAGAAAUAACGAGUCUUCGUAUUCCGUUAGCGUGCUUUAUUAAAUAAAAAGAUUGCGGUGUUGGCGGCGCGCAUAUAUCUGCUUUCACGUUUUAUGUGCAUAAAAUAUGAGUAAUAUCUCUGCGCUAACGCAAUAUUCGUAGGAAAAUAACUGUAACAAAGUAAUUUCAGAAAGCCGACUAACUAGUCUUACAAAAAUAUUAAUCAAUCUUAUGCUAAUAUUUAGAUGUUAGAAAUAAUAUGAUGGAAUAGAAUGUGUUAGAUUUUCUCAAUCAUCAUUUAUUCAUGAUUAUUGGAAUUCUUAAUGAUCGAGCUUCUAGAUGUAAAUUCUUUAUUUAUAAUAUGAUUUCGUAUUUAUUCUUUAGAGGUUAUCUCUAUAAGCGAUUUAUUUUAAAAUAACCUCAACCCAGUACUAAAAGUGAGUGAAAUGUCUGUGAUUUGAGAAAAAAGGAAGCUCAGUAGUUAGUAUCCAAAAAUACUUAUAUUAUCCUUUUAGGCAUGGCGGCCGCGGGAACGAUUGAACACUAAGCGUUGUUUCGUUUCACGUUACAAUAAAAAGCAAAUUUUUAACUAUUGAGCUUUAAAGUUAGAUAUCACUUAAUGAUACUUGCUUACAACCGAAACUGAUUUUCAAUACCCGCCCUUAAAGUAUUUGCACUUAAUUUUUAUGUAUAAAAAAUUUGAUAGGUUUGUGUUUGGUCUAAAGUUAAAUAUCAAUUAGAAGCAUGUGUUUAAUUUUAUAGGAUCUGAAUGUACUUUUGUAUUGUAGUUUUAGAAAAUAUUAGAAUAAAUAACUAUUACCCACAUUUGAAUACAGCAUAUUUAAAACAUAAUUUGAAAACAAAAUGAGAUAUUUUAAAAAAACAACUAAAAGGUUGAACUUGUUUGUAAAUACAAAAUUAAGUAAACGUCGAAUAAAAUUUGUAAUUUUAAAUAAUGAAUAAACUAAUGUACUAAGUUCUUUCUUUUAUUAAAAAGAUUUUUUUUUUCCGAGAAAUAGUUAUCUAUGAAUAGGUACAUGGUAUUGCUAUAUGGCAUAUUUACGUAAAUAUGCCAUAUAAUAAGCAAUUUUCCUUUCUUCAUUGUCAUUUUUUUCUGAAUCUGCUCUCUUGUUUCGUUCGCUUUUGUGAUGUUGAUAAUGUAUCUAUAUGAUAUGUUAUUAUUUCUCUCAAAGGUACAGAUAUAUAGGUAUAAACAGAUAAAGACAAAAUAUUUUAAAGUAUCAAUUUCUUUAAAUAAAAACAUAUAACUACGCGUUCACCUCCCAUAACUGCAAAUCGUUUUCAACUAUCUCUGCAUACAAUUCCCCUUUGCGUCUGUCCUUGAAGAGCGGCCUUAGAGUCUUCAAGCCCAGGCCUAGUAAAGCGCCGUUGUCCAGCAAAUGGUUAAGUUUGUAAGCCAACAUAGGGCUGUAAUGGAGCCUUAGGAGACUAGGUCUGGAGUAUAAGUACUGGCUGUCGCGUAGGUUGUGACGAGCCCACGCUUCUACAGUUUUGUUGCCG